CCCGUCCCCUAAACCCAAACCCCUCUCGGCGCCGGAACAGAAAUACUCUCUCUCUCUCUCUCUCUGCUCCUCAUCUUCGAUGCCCAUCCCUCUACCCUGCUUGAAAGCUGCAAUUUACACAAAUACCCUCUGCUCCGUCCUCCCCUCUCUCCUCUUUUCCUCCCCUCGCCGCUUGGCCAGGGGCAUUUCCGUCCGAGAGAUGAGAUUGCGGAGAGCGAGCUCGUCGGCGUCCGCGUCGCCGCCGGGUCGGACACGGUCGUUUCAGCUCCAGGUCAACCCCCUGACCGGCGACUCGGAGUGGAUCGUUGUCGAAGAAGGAGAUGAGGAAGGAGGAGAAGAACAGAAGAAGACCCCCAAAUCCCUUCUCGCCACCACUUCCUACCUCGAUAUGCUCAAUGAUUCCCCCCGGAAUCGUGCCUUCCGCGAAGCGAUCGAGAAAACCAUCACCAGGCCCUGCCACGUCCUCGAUAUCGGAGCGGGGACCGGACUGCUGUCAAUGAUGGCUGCACGGGCAAUGGCAAAGUUGGGAGGGGCAGAGGAGGGGAGGGUGUCGGCUUGUGAAUCCUACCUUCCUAUGGGGAAGUUGUUGCAGAGGGUAUUACGAGCAAAUGGAAUGGAAAAGAAGGUGAAGGUCUUCCACAAGCGUUCUGAUGAGCUCAGGGUUGGAGUGGACCUUGAGUCACCUGCAGAUGUACUGGUCAGUGAGAUACUAGACUCAGAGUUGCUUGGAGAAGGACUCAUACCGACUCUACAACAGGCACAUGAGAUGCUACUGGUGAAGAAUCCCCAAACAGUCCCAUAUCGAGCCACGACCUAUGGGCAGCUAGUUGAAAGCACAUUCUUAUGGAAGCUGCAUGAUUUGUAUAACAGCGAAUUAAAUGCCUCGGAUGGGAUACAUCUUGCACCAGCUGGAUUGGAGAGGAUUAUUCAUGUAAAACAACAGCAAUAUGCCAUGCAUUGUGAUGCAAUAUCAAAAGAGUUACGAUUGUUGUCAGAACCGUUCAAAAUUUUUGAAUUUGACUUUUGGAAACGACCAGACAGUCAUGGAGAAACUGAGAUUUGGGUAAAAGCAAUUGAUGAUGGAAAAGUUCAUGCUGUAAUUUCAUGGUGGGUGCUUCAGCUUGACUAUGAGGGAUCAAUCUUCUAUUCAACAGCUCCCAGAUGGAUGAGAUCUUCUGAUACUGAGAUUGUACCAACACUUGCCCCAGUAGGUGGUGAAAAUUGGUGCGAUCAUUGGAAGCAAUGUGUUUGGCUUACUCAUGGUGCAGGAAUGCCUGUCUUGAAGGAUAAACAUGUUCUCUUCAAAGCUGUUCACAAUGAUACUAGUGUUUCGUAUUAUCUCAAGUUUGAUGACCGGAGUGCAUAUAAUGACUUCAAUUCUGCAGACUGUCUUAUUGCACUUUUGCCGGAAAGGAUUGCUCUUUAUGGUGACAAAGAUUGGAGAUCAGCCUUGAUAAGAGCCAUAAAAAAUGCUUUGCAUGUCAGAUCAUCUCCAUUGUGUGUUGUUGCUGAUGACAGUGUGUUCUUAACAAUUCUUACUGCAUCUCUCUCAAAAACUUCAAAUGUUAUCUCAACCUUUCCUGGGUUGCAAGAGAAAGGUGCUCGAUAUCUGCAAGCAGUUGCUGAUGCAAAUGGUUUUUCUAUAGAUCAUAUAGAAGUUAUUGGUAGAAGAACAGCAUGCUUGACUUCAGAUGGUUUUAGACAGAGAAAGGUUGACUUGUUAGUAGGAGAACCAUAUUACUACGGAAAUGAAGGAAUGCUUCCGUGGCAGAAUCUUCGAUUUUGGAAGGAGAGGACUCUGCUUGACUCGAUUCUAGCUGAAGAUGUAUUUAUCAUGCCUUGUAAAGGAAUCUUGAAGGUUUGUGCUAUGUCACUUCCGAACUUAUGGAGAAGUCGACGCUGCCUCCAAGAUGUUGAAGGCUUUGACCAUUCAGAUGUGAACGAUACUUUAGGGGCUUGUGGUGACUUACCCCCAAUGCAGGAAGGCCCUUGUCUGCCCUACUAUAUAAGGCAAUGUGGUGAGGUUAAGAAACUUAGUGAGGCAAUUGCAAUCAUGGAGUUUAAUUUCUCAGAGCCAAUUCAUGCAUGUUUUGGAAAAACAAAGAUUAAGUUUUCGGAUCCAGGAUUAUGCCAUGGUUUUGUACUCUGGAUUGAUUGGGUGAUAGAUGAAAAACAUUCAAUUGUUUUAACAACUGGGCCAGAUAGCAGAUACUGGAAACAAGGAGUGAAGCUUUUGAGCAAGCCUGUGGCAGUCGAUGUGGUUGAGCGCUUUGCCGAGAUUGAGGCAUUUUUUGAACCUUCAACUGGCGAAGUCACCAUUAAGUCCUCAUUCUCAUCUUCUUAAGUGGAUCCACAGCAGACCAUGCCUUUAAACCAUUUGUACUUUUAUUUAUUUAUUUAUUAUUUACUUUAUUGUCUAUUUUCCUGCUAAAUAAUCUCUGUUCUGUGUGUGAAACGGCUUGGUAAUGCUGACGCAUGUUCAAAUCUAACAUAUCCAUGUUCUGUUUA